CUAACAAACUCCUCCACUCCCUUCCAACCUCUACCAAUUUGAGCUCACCUCUCAUAUCUUGAUCGCAUGUAUAUAAGUUCGUGCUAAGUUUGUGCUUAGUAUUAUGUCUUUUCUUAAAAAAUUUAAUUUGGUAAGGUAAGAGCUAGAGAGAGGUAUCUAUUUAAGUUUGGAGAUGGAGAAUGGUGGAAGAGGUGAGGGUAGCAUGAAGAGGGCUGAGAUUGACACGUCGGCGCCGUUCCGGUCGGUGAAGGAGGCCGUGGCAAUCUUUAGGGAGAAGGUUUUGGCCGGAGAAGUUUAUGCCCAUAAGCUCAACCAAAUUCGAGCGGCCGCGACCAAGGAGGAAGAAACCUACACAAACCGCAUGUCUUCUCUGCUCGCCGAACUAGAAGAAACGAAGCAAAACCUCGAAAAAGCACGGGAAGAAACCAAGACAAUGUCAACCCGCCUCGUCUCCCUCGAACAGGAGCUCCACAAGACCAGAACCGAGCUAACCCAACUCAAAUCUCAACAAGCACACGACCGCAGCACGAGCCAAGCCGCAUGGGACAUCAAAUUCGUCGAAAACACCCCCGAUAUCAUCGAGAUCAGUUUCGAGUCUCCCUUGUUGAAGAAGAGGUCGGUCAAGUUCGCCAACCCCCCGUCGAUGCAGAUCGUGAACCCGCCGUGCGGUCACGAGCGGGCCUUGGAGAGGCAGUUCUCGGUCGACGGGGAGUCGGCGGAGAUGAUGAUGAUGAAGAAGAAGAAGAAGAAGCUGGUGCCCAUGCUUGCUUCCAUUUUUUCCAAGAAGAAGAGCCACCAUGACGGUGGGCCAUCGAAUGUUCACGGAUCAAGGGUGUUGGUACAAGAUGUUUAGUCCGUACGUACGUAAGAAUUAAUGUCGGUGGAGCAAACAUGCAUAUGCGUUACUCCUUUUUGUUAUGUAUACUCUGUUUUUGGGCAUUUAAUUUUUUAUUUUUUCGGUUUGAAUUUCGUUGGAUGAGGGAUUGUACUGUACAUGAUGUGCUUCUUUGAAAUAACGGCUUGUUCGCUGCUGGUUUUCGAAGUCACCGUCGAAAAACAUGGUCACGGUUUUA